CCCAACUCAAAAGCUGGCCUGGAUCAAGGAAUGGAUUAACCAAAAACACCACAAUACCCCGCCCCGAGUACCUUGGAGGAAGGGCAGGAUAAAAAUAUAAACACUCGCAAAAUAAAUUAGAGGUAUAAGACUGGCGCGGGGGGAGGUAGGAGAAGAGCAGAAACAAACGGCUUGCAAUGAACAAUCCGAAAGCUUUAGCUGCAGCAAAACUAUCUCGAUGCAGUAAAACAACCCGGUUUCAAAGAAGGGCUUGUUGCUGUUCAGUAAAAACAGCAACCGGGCGAAAAGUCGUUCCUGAGCCAGCACGUGGGAACCGAAAAACGCCGGAACAAAUGGUUGCUUGCAGUGUGGCGCCGUCGGCAGCAAAGGCUGGAUGACACCAGCUGGCUGCCGCUUCUGCGGGAAGAGGAGAAAGAGAAUGGAGCAGCCGCUCCGGGUACUAGAGCUCUACAGCGGGAUUGGAGGGAUGCACCAGGCCCUGCGAGGAAGUGGUAUUCCUUCAGAAAUUGUUGCGGCUGUUGAUGUGAAUACAGUGGCGAAUGAAGUUUACAUGCACAACUUCCCCACCACACCACUGUGGCCUAAGACAAUUGAGGGCAUAUCACUGAAGGAGUUUAACAGAUUAUGUUUUGAUAUGAUUUUGAUGAGUCCUCCUUGUCAACCUUUUACAAGAAUCGGCCGACAGGGUGAUAUUUCUGAUCCCAGGACCCGGAGUUUUCUCUACAUUCUUGAUAUUCUUCCAAGGCUCACGAAGCUACCAAAAUAUGUACUUUUAGAAAAUGUCAAAGGCUUUGAAACCUCUACUGCCAGGGAUGAACUUAUACAAACACUAGAGAAGUGUGGAUUUACAUAUCAAGAAUUUCUUUUGUCUCCAACUUGUCUUGGCAUUCCAAACUCAAGGCUGAGGUACUUCCUGAUUGCAAGAAACCCAUCGGAGCCUUUUACCUUUCAAGUUCCUGGCAAGAUAUUGACUGAUUUCCCAACCGUAGAGCCAGUAGAUUCAAAGAUGUCCAAAGGCUCUACGUGCUUGGAAGAAGAUAAGUCCCAAGUGCCUACUAAAAAGCCAGCCUCUGCUUCCAGCAAUAAUGCCAAAUGGUGCCAACCAAAGGAGAACUUUAUUUUUAAACUUGAAACAGCAGAAGAGCUGGAAAGGAAGCAGCAAUCGGACAAUGAUCUCACUUUGCAAAUGCUAAAAGAUUUUCUCCAAAUAGAUGAAGGAGGACUAAGUCAGUACUUCCUGCCCCCCAAGUCCUUACUGCGUUAUGCUUUCCUUCUGGACAUUGUCACACCCACUUGCAGGAGAUCGACAUGCUUCACAAAAGGGUAUGGACACUACAUAGAAGGAACAGGCUCAGUGUUACAGACUGCGGAGGAUAUUCAGCUUGAGACAGUCUUUAAAUCCUUUGAAGCUUUAUCUGAAGAAGAGAAGCUUAUGAAGCUGUCAACUCUUAAACUGCGAUACUUUACUCCAAGAGAGAUAGCAAAUCUGCAUGGAUUUCCUCCUGAGUUUGAAUCCUGGGAAUUGUAGUUUGCUGGAGUGCUGAGAAUUCUACAACAGAGAUUCCUGGCCACACACAGUACUUGGAUUUCCCUGGGGGGAAACAUGGAAUGCCUAUUAAAAGAGUGUAUAUAUUUCCAUUUAUAUCCUCUCCUUCCUCCAAGGAGCUUGGAACAUAGUACAUGGUUAUGUUUAUCCUCACAACAACCCUGUGAGGUGGUUAGGCUGAAAGAUAAGUGAUUGGCCCAGAAUCAAACAGUGAGUUUCAUGGCUGAAUGGGGAUUUGAACUCCAUCAUAGCCUAGCAUUAUAAGCAUUACACUGUGCUGGCUCUUUAAGUCGGCCUAAGUCAGUAUGAUAUAUAUGCUCCACAUAUUAAUGUAACUUAUAUUUUUACCAUUACUAUGAAUGACGUAAGAACUGAACUUGAGCCAAAUCUUGUACUGUAUUUUUAGAUUUGGCUCAAGGGCAAGUAAUAUUAUAUUCAUGUGUGUUGUUUUUGUUUAUUACGUAGAAUAUCUAACUAUUGAUUAUGUCAGAUAUAAUUUCCACUUUGGCUUUCCUUGUUUCAUCUAUUACUUACCUGAGAGUUUUCACUCUGUAGGAGGCUUACCUCUGAAUAUCAAAUUCAGCUCAAUUUCCUGAGUAAGUUUGUUUAAAAUCAGAGCCCAUUAGAUGUCCAAUAUAUCUUACUUCCCAGAUAUAUGAAACCACUUAAGUGCUCUUGCGGUUUAUCUGCUUAUAAACUCUGAAUCAAUAAAGAUACCAUUGUCUGUCAUUGGUGAGGUAUGCCAUGCCCUACUAGAUUGUCCUAGACAAAGAGUAUUUUAAUUACAAUCGAAUAUGUAGAGGAAUUGCCAACAGGACACACAAUAAUGGAAGGCAAAUAUAGAUGAAAGGGUGCAUGCAUCAAUUUAUGCCUCUUAUUUUACUGCUAAAGCUGCAGCUUCAGCACACAUGAAUUCACUAAUUAAUUAAUUUCUAGUAGUUGCGGAACAGUAGGAAGCAUCUACAGCUGAACUGGAAAAUGCUGUUUAAAUAUUACCAGCUCUUGAAGAUGAUCAAAUAUAUCCUCACAGCAUCUGUGAGUUAUGGGCAAUUAGCUUUCUGAUAUGUUUUUAUUUAAGGUUUUUGUGUAAUUGUGUGAAAUCCAGAGCAACCUCAUUUAUUCAAAUAUCCCAAAGCUGUGUUUCUCAGAUUUUUAAGUAGCCAGUCCCCCCCCUCCCCAUUUUUUUUAGUACUCAAAAUUUCCAGUGGAUUUUAAAUUUACAGUAGUGUGUGUGUCAUAUGUUGGAAGAAAAGCUCCCUUAUUUAGGGCCAUAAUACGACAGGUGUCCGAUCUAGUGUGGGUAGGGAUGUCACCUAUUACGCCAGGUGUAGAAUCUGAGCAUGUUUGUGGACUAGAGGUGAUGUUGGCCAAGGCUAGAAGGGCUAAAUGCAGUGUCAUGAAAAGCAUGCCAAAUAAUUGCAGGGAAAUAUAAGCAUUGCACAAUUUUUGGCCAUCAUUUAGACAGGAAGAAGGGGCAAGGCAGAGAGUCGGGAAAAGAGGGGAGAGGGUGCAAUUCUAGGAGUACCUAGCAGAAAAGACCAAUCAGCAAAGGCAAGCAGGCACUCUUCUGUUCAUUCUCUUGCUGACCUUUCCCAUAUUCGCAGGACAGAUCACACCACAUGUUGAGAAACUGGCCUAAAGGAUAUUAAAAAUAUUAGACCAAUAAUAAAAACUUUGAUGUUUACAA